GAGAUUAAAUAGAAUAUCAUUUGCAUAAACAAAUUUUGAAUUUUUGAAAUUUUGAAAACUGGACGUUACGAAAUCAUCCGGCGACGUCACGUCAGAUUACAACGGUGGGUGACGUCAAAGUAAGGUUGUUUUGUAGUUCAUCAUGUUUCAUGGAAUACCUGCCUCUGGAGUGAUGGGAGGAGCGCCUGCCAACAAGCCAGAACUGUAUGAGGAAGUGAAAUUGUACAAAAAUGCCAGAGAAAGAGAAAAGUAUGACAACAUGGCAGAGUUGUUUGCUGUGGUCAAAACACUUCAGGCCCUGGAAAAAGCCUACAUUAAGGACUGUGUGACUCCAAACGAAUACACAGGAGCUUGCUCAAGAUUGCUUGUCCAGUACAAGGCUGCUUUCAAACAAGUCCAGGGAUCAGAUGUGGGCUCCAUUGAUGACUUUUGUCGGAAAUAUAGGCUGGACUGUCCACUGGCUAUGGAAAGGAUCAAAGAGGAUCGACCAAUCACCAUUAAGGAUGACAAGGGCAACUUGAAUCGCUGCAUUGCAGACAUAGUUUCUCUCUUUAUCACAGUGAUGGACAAACUUCGACUUGAGAUUCGUGCCAUGGAUGAGAUCCAGCCUGACCUGAGAGAGCUCAUGGAGACCAUGAAUAGAAUGAGCAACAUGCCAACAGAUUCAGAGGCCAAAGACAAAGUCAGCCUCUGGUUAACCACACUAAGCAGCAUGUCUGCAUCGGAUGAGCUGGAUGACUCCCAGGUUCGCCAGAUGCUGUUUGACCUGGAGUCUGCCUACAAUGCCUUUAAUCGUUUCUUACACUCCUCUUAAAUGUUCCUUCUCUCUCUGAACUCUCUGAACUCUUUUUCACCAGCCUUUUUUUUGUUUUGUUUGUUUGUUUAAUUUUGCCCAUGUCUCCUGUAGGAAUGUAGGAACUGUAAAUCUAAUUAGAGUACUGCUUACUAAGGCUUAUGUUGUUCAGUAAUACAAUCAGGAUUAUAUUAUUCACAGAUUUGAAAAUUAAGAGUAGUGUAUUUUUUUUUUAAUGUAAAGAGAUUCUAGAGUGUUCUCUAGAAAGGCAAUAGCGAAUACAAUAGCUAACUGAGAUGCAGUGAGGGCGUUAUAGGGAGGAGUUUAUUACAGGCAAAAGAUGCUUGCCUCUAUAAAUACAAGUCUUGAAUGAACAUAUGGAUUGAUAGUUUAUGGAUCUCAUAAUAUCUUCUAGAACAGUCUAAUACUGAAUUUUCAGUACUGCAUUUUAUUUUAAAUGGAUGUUUCCCUAGCUACACACUUUCCUUAUAUAUUUUUUUAAAUGGAUGUUUUCUCAGUAUUUAAAUAACAAUGUUAAAUGCGAUCAUUCUUUUACAGUACUUUAACAUUUGUUGGUUGAUAACUUGACUUUUAUAAAAGCUUGAUUAAGAACUUACUCUUUCCUUGGCAUGGUGUUGGUCUAGCUCACUUUAUGUAAUAAGGCAUAUUUAUUAGAUGACCUAUGUAAAUAAAAUAGUUUUGAAAUGAAA